AUGAUCAUGCCGCCGGCGCUAGUCAGCAGCAAUGGCCGCCGGCCCACGCGGUCGAGAAGGAAGGUCGCGACGAGGAUGAAGGAGGCCUUGGUCACUCCCACCGCCACCGUCACGCCCAGCGUGUUCGUCUUCGUCUUGAUGCCGGCUUUCUCGAACACGCGAGGGCUGUACAGCACCACCGAGUCUAUCCCGGAGGCCUGCUGGAAAAACUGCAAUCCGAGUGCGGCGAGAACAAUCCGACGGAUGGUCGGCGUCGGCGUUAUCAGCAGCUCCCUCCAGACUCCUUCUCCGUGGCUUCGUUUCGGGACGGGGACGACGUCCUCGGUGCAACUCGCGGGGAUCCCCGCGGCCUCCUUGAUCUCUGCCAGCCUGAGUUCGACCUCUUCUGGGCUGUCCGAAGUCUUGUGGAGGACCCGCUUAGCGUCCCCGAGCCGGCCCUGCAUGACAAGCCACCGGGGGGACUCCGGCAUGGCCAUCACCCCGGCGGCGAGGAACACCGGCGGAACGGCGCCGGCGCAGAACAUCAUCCGCCAGUUGAGGUGAUUCGGGAGGCCGGCGAAAGCAAAGUUGGAGACGUACCCGAGCAUGACUCCAGUAUUGAUGAAUACCUCCGAGAAGGAGGUGAGGAACCCACGGACCUCGGUCGGCGCGACCUCGGCGGUGUACACAGGCGCUAUGACGAGGGCGAACCCGACGGCAACCCCGGCGACGAACCUACCGACCAUUAGCAACGCGUAAUUGGGCGCCAGCCCCAUCAGGAGCGCGCCGACGAAGAAGAUGACGACAGCGAUGAGGAUGGUACAGCGCCUCCCGAUCCAAUCGGAUAUUCUCCCCGCAGCGAAGGAUCCGAUGAGAGAGUAGAGGUUGAUGAUUCCCGCUAGAAUCUCCAGCUUGGUGUCGUCUAUCUUUAGGUCCUCCUUGAUGAAAAGAGCAGCCCCACUCAUCACCGCGAUAUCUGAAGAAUAUUGAAGCAUGUCAGAAUAACCCAAACCAGCAAUAUUCAAUGUAGACAAGUUCGCCCUCACCGUAGCCCAGAAGGAUCGAGGUCAUGGAAGCAAGCACGGCACAAGCGAUGGCGUACUUGUUCCUUCCCCUCUUCUUAAGACUCUCCAUGGCCGCUGUGGAGCUCUGGGGAGAUGAUGCAGCGAGCUCCUUAGCCUCCAUUGUUCCUGUAUUACUCGUCUCUGCCCGAAGACUGAAAGUGAGCCCUGGUGCUGGGUAGGAGGAGAGUAGCGCUUCAUUUAAGGCGCUGACAAUGGUAUCCUAGCUAGGAUGUAACCUGUAGAGUAGCUGGAGGCAGAUUGAGUCAUCAGUCGGGGCUAUCGUGGUCCACUACUAUGGAGCCACUAUUCCUCAGUGACGGAAGCCUGUACAACGUCUAUCUCUGUCUGUCUUUCCCUCUAUCUCUAUCACUCUCAUGGACGGUCGGUAGGGAGCAUCUGCAAAGCCACAAUCUGGGAGUAGCUGAGGACAGAAAGAGCUCGUCGGAGCCACCCGAAUGGCCACAUCUUCCGGCGAAGUCCUUUUCCCCGAAUCGUCGGCAAUAUUUGGUGCGGCGGACAGAAGAGGAGGGAGAGGCCCAUGAUCAGCAUGAGACGGGAAGACUAGCGAAGAUGAAAAACGUAAACCAGGGUCGUCCAGCGUAGACUGUCCACAGAAUGACAUGGUGGCAAUAAUAAUCGCACAGGUUGCGCUGAAAAUUCAACGAAGAAUCAAUACGAUCGUUGUCUUCUUCUAGAGGUGGUCGGCUGGCGUCAGAAGAAAGAUGUCCUCGCUCUUCGUCUGCCGUGUGAAAAGGGCGAACCAAGACGACGACCCGAGCAUACAGAGGAGCUAGACAACAAUGCGGCCAUUCAGGGACGUCAAACUAGGCGUCAAACUAGGAGACAAAAGAACGACUCGAACCGGAGCAUCCGUCUCUUCUCACACGUUCUGUUUGGUAAGUUAUUUGCUUAUUGUCUUCAAGCGGUAUGCAUAAUUCAGCUGAUCAUGGGCGUGCUAAUGAAGAAAUUAGUUCCGAAUUUGACAAGAAAUCUACUCCUUGACAAGUUUGGCCUUGAUAAUAUCAGCUCUAAGUUCUCAUUAUUGGAUAAUAUCUUUAUCAAAGCUGCUGGCAAUCCAACUCAAAACUGGUUGUCAAUUAAUGGCGAAUUCUCAUCUUAAUAACCACAACUGAUUUUACUAAUCACCGCAAAUAUCAAGAUAACCCAGGUAGCUUAAGAUCAACUAUCAAGUCGAAGACCAUGUUAAGAUUAUAAAACUGUGCAGGUCAAAGCAAAUCAAUAGUGGCAAUAUGAGCAAGCAAAUCUUUACUUUAGAUUACGGAAAUAUUCUUGACAGCGAGUGAUGGAGAGUGAGGGUGACAGUAGACUAAUAACAGUUUGGAAAAGAACCCGUUGAUCUGAAUUCAAUUAAUGCACCUCGUAACUAGCGGCGGCGAAUACGAAUGCGUAUGAUGAACUUAAAAAAAACCAUUUUCGGAUACUCCUGAUAGUCAAUUCAUGCGUGUUUAACUCCCCCACACUCAUGGACCAGCCACAUGCGGGAAAAGCCAGACAGCUCAACUCUCUUCUCCCCGUGGUGUUCCACGCCCUAUCCCCAAUAAUUGAACUCCGAGAGGAUUGACGAUAGCCAUUGAUUCUCCAGCUGGAGCACCACUGGAAGAUCGUCAAUCUCAGGUCGUCGUCGUCCCAUCAGGCAGUCAACUGCAUGCUCCAACCUUGACGGCACAGAUUCGAUCGGGAGAUAGGCACCUAUGCUUGCCCAAUCUCGUUAUGACACACACCCCCCAUACCCCACUAUCUUCCGUCUCCAAACCAUUUCAGAUGAUUAUCGUUGUAUAAUUAAUAUUGCAUACUAGGAGAUGAACAGAAACAUACGACUAGCAUUUAUAGCAUGUCUGCGGCCGUGAGGUUAGACACUUUUGGAGAAAUGAGAAGGAUAACCUCAAAGUCUGAUGAUCACAUGAAAUAUUAGCAUAUAUCGACGAACGAUAUUGCGAAGUCUUAGGGGUCAUCCUCCUCCUCCCAUGCACUACUUCGACUGGCUGAGCCCGUCUCUCUUAGCCUCAGGUCCACUCGUCUACCCUACCAUUGAUAAUUAGCCCUUGCUUUAUGGAACUGCCAAACCUCCCCAACCCGUGGUCCUUCCACGGAGGUGAGAGGUGCAUUUACGCUGCGCCGUUUCCCGCUGCCAGCUGGAUCUGGGCCUGACCUGCCGACUCCUCCUUAUGGCCCUCCGUCGCGUUCUUGUCCUUGCUCUUGAUGAAGAGAGUUUCGACCUCUUCCAGGGCCUUACCGCGCGUCUCAGGGAGGAAAGUGUAGAAGAAGAUCCAGGCCACGGUGGCGAUUCCGGCGUAGAGGAAGAAGGCCCCGCCGAUGGUUAUGGCCUUGUAGAGAGAGAUGAAAGUCAUGGUGAGUACGCCGCUCGUGAUCCGGUUCAAGGCCACGGCCAUGCUGACGCCCUGCGCACGCAGCCGAAGUGGGAAGAUCUCCGAGCUGUAGACCCAUGUAAUGGGGCCGAGGCCUAUGGAGAAGAAAGAGACGUAGGCCAGGAUGCUAGCGAUGCAGAUGGCGAUGGCCCAUUCGAGCUUCAUGUCCGGGUGGCGAUCGACAACCGUCAGCCCGAAUCCUAGCAUAAGCAGAGACGCGAUCAUGCCGACAGUGCUGGACAGGAGCAGGGGCCUUCUGCCCACACGAUCCAGGAAGAAGGUCGCCACCAGAAUGAAUGCGGUCUUCGUGAAACCGACUGCGACAGUUGCGCCAAGCAGGCUUGACUUCUUCUUGAUACCGGCCUUGCUGAAAACCCGGGGACUGUAAAGAACCACCGAAUCGAUCCCGGAGGACUGCUGGAAGAAGUGUAUCGCGAGACCGGCGAUCAGAAUCCGGCGAACAGUUGGGGUCGGAGUGAUCAACAAUUGCUUCCAGACGCCAUCGCCGGGGGUUUUCUUAGGGACGGGGACUACGUCCUCGGUGCAGGACUGCGGAAUUCCCGCUGCCGCCUUGAUAUCCGCGAGCCGCGACUCGGCUUCUUCGUUAGACUCGGAUACCUUGAUGAGAACUCGCCUGGCGUCGCCAAGACGGCCCUGCAUGACCAGCCACCGAGGUGACUCGGGCAUCGCCAAGACGCCGACGGCGAGGAACACCGACGGUAUUGCGCCGACACCGAGCAUAAGCCUCCAGUUGAUGUUCUCCGGGAGGCCGGAGAAGGCGUAGUUUGAGACGUAGCCAAGCAAGAUGCCAGCGUUGAUGAAGAACUCUGUGAAGGACGUGAGGAAGCCCCUGCUGGAGGCCGGCGAUACCUCGGCGGUGUACACCGGCGCAAUCAUGAGUGCAUAGCCGACCCCGAUGCCGGCCACGAACCUCCCAACCAUCAGGAAGGCGUAGUUGGUGGCGAAGCCCAUCAACAGGGCCCCGACGAAGAAGAUCACGGCCGCGAACACGAUCGUGAGCCGCCUUCCGAUCCAGUCGGAGGUCUUCCCGGCGACUGCCGAGCCGACCAGAGAGUAGAGAUUGAGGAUGCCGACGAGGACUUCGAUCUGGGUAUCGCUGAUUUUUAGGUCAUCUUUGAUGAAGAUCACGGCUCCGCUCAUGACCCCGAUGUCUGGAGGGAAGGGGACGUGGGACCUAUUAGCGACAUGAAAACAGAAACAGGAGCCCUUUCUGGGGAGUUUCAUUCUCGACGAGAUCAGACUGAAGGGAGCAGGGAUUACCGUAGCCUAGAAGAAUAGAUGUCAUGGAAGCCAGCAAGGCGCAGGCGAAGGCAUACUUGUUCUUCCUCGGCUUCUGCGGCGCUGCCAUGGCCUGGACUGACGCAUCUGAGGCCGCCUUCCAUUGGGCAUUCUCCUCGCCCAUCAUGUCAGAAAGAGAGAGAGAGAGAGAGAGAGAGAGAGAGAGCGUAGCUCAGAGAGCUCAGCCCUGGAGGCGAUGGAAAAUAUAUAGAAGCUCUUGGCUUCGAAUUGUUCCGCAGGCACAAAGUAUGCGUUCACCGAAACUGAAGAAACUAAAAUUGUUAAAAUUUUGCAUUAAAUGAGAAAGAAUAUUUAGCUAUUAAAAUAGUAUCCCCGUCCAAAUUAAUAAUAAAAAUUCUCAGGGCAUUUAUCAUUCUUUGGAGGCUUCUCCCCGGGGACGGUGGAGAGCGACGUUCAGGGCCACGCGGGGGAGCCAAAUGUGGUGUCAGAUCAUAGUCUGGCCUACGAAGAAACCCGUCCGGGCUAGUGGGCCGACCGCGAUGCAUAUUCAGCUCACACGUGGCACGAGGAUUGACCCGCCAAUCCAAGAUGGGGCCCAGUCCAGGCAGUCAGUUGACAACCGAACUACUUCUUGGGUUCUGAGAUGAACCAGGACAAGCGGGUCAAAGGAGGUGUGCCGCCUCCUGGGGCCCACCAGCAGACGAUAGUGGCAAACAAUUCUACGUCACGAAAUGGGCCGGUUUGGCUGAGCCCCAAAAAGCUCCUUUAUCCCGAUGGUAACCCCUUUGGCCCGUUAGUCAACAGUUGGGCCUUGGCCUCACUACUUGGGCCAUCAGGGAUACGUACCCCACGGAUCAUCAUCAGGAAACCGACAUCUCCGAUACCUCCCCCCCCCUCCCGGUUUCCUCCUCCGCCACAGGGCAAGACGGAUACUGGAGAACUCUGUUUCAGAGGGCUUCUUCCUCCCCUCUACGUCUUUCCCUCUUCUUCUCUGCCGGGCACCGGCGCCGCCACCGUCACUGUGCCCUCUCGCUCUAGCUUCUUCUUCGUCCCUCAGCUCUUCUCCGACAACUGGGCCAGGCCAACUCCGGCAGCCGACACUCGCAUGCCCCACUAUGCCAGUGCUGGGCCUGCCUUUGCCCGCCGCACCCCCCGCAGAGAAAGAGAGAAGGAUGGCCGGAAGGGUCGGGUCAGAGAGAACAGAGGAGGCGGCGGAUAGUAACCUGGUGAGACCUGGGCUUCCCUCCUUGUCUCCUAGCGUCUGUCCUCAUUCGCCGCUGUCCUCUCUCUCCACACUUGUGUUAUCUCCCUCCCUCCCUUCUGUAGCUGGGAGCAGUAGGUGCCUCAGUCUUUUCAGUGGCCGAACUGUGGCUGCCCCUCGGGCCCCACACGCUAGACCGGGCGGAGUAAUCCAAACGAGAAUCAUCUCUGCGAUCAUUGAGACCUGCCCUUCAGAAUUCGCUCCCCGCCGUCCGAUCCAAGAUGAUCAUUCUCCCGAACCUCCUCACAUUCAUACGUGGCACACGUGCGAGGCCCGGGCCGGGCCGGAUCUUCGUGGGCUUGGACCCCCGGAAAUAAAGCCCGUGAAUUUCCGGUCCGGGCCCGAGAAUUCAGAUGGCCGCUUUCCCUGUUCCUUCGUUCGGGUGCGUCGGGCCGGGCCGGGCCAGCUGAUGUGCGCACGGAUAGCUUAAAAGCGGGUUUUGGCUCGUCUGGUACGCUACGCUUGGGGAGUGAGGUGACCUUGUUGCAGGCCCUUUAACGUCCAAUCGCGGCGCUGUUCCCCGAUUCGGGCCAGCUUCCCCGCCGCAGUCGUCCCCAUCGCCCGACUGUUCUUGUGGGAUCAUUGGUUUCAUUAAUGGGCGAGUGCAUAGUUUUCUUUGAUCGAAAGGAUUUCCCUUUAAGAGCUUCUGCUCACGUUAGUGGAGCCAUCUCUCCGGCGUUCGCUUUGUGGGCAGGUAGGUGUUCUAGUAUAAAAGAGAUGGCGUGGCCGGCCCUCGUCGCCAGGAAGUAA